AUGGCGAGCCAUUAUGGGCAGGAUCCUGACGUCGCGGCUCGCGACAACGUAUUAAACUUGGGGUUCCAUUUCUGCUAUGACCUUGUUAAGUACCUCAGACAGCACAUAUGCAGCACACUGGGCUCUGUGAUUGAAGAGGAAAUGGAAAAGUGCGUCUCUGAGCAGAGCCGGGGUGAGGAGCCUGGCUACGACACAGUGGUGCAGUGCGUCUUCGCGAGGGUCCAGGAUUCUGCGCAGUACAGAGACAUGAUGCACUCCCUGAAGGGUGUCCUGACCGCAGUGGUGGGGCGCAUGAGCAGCAGGCUGGAGGAGGCGGCCCGGAGCCCCGAGAGGCAGAGGAAGGCGCACAGGGAGAAGGGCAGCAGGCACUGCCCCGAUAGCCUCUCCGACAGCGACUCUUCCUUCGGCCGGAGUUACAAGUUUUGUCCGGGAAAAUUGCAGUUGCUGGCGGACCAGCUGGAUCCCCGGCAGCCCAGAGAGGUGCGACGUGAAGCCCUGCAGGUGCUGUGCUCCGCUCCUCCCUCCGACAUCCUGGGCUGCGAGAACUGGGCCGUGCUCUGCGAGAGGCUGACGGCAGCGCUGUCCGACCCCGACCCGGUGUUCAGUGACCGGAUUUUGAAGUUCUAUGCACAGACGUUUGUACUUCUACCGUUACACAUGACCAAGGAGAUUUACACAAGCUUAGCAAAAUAUUUGGAGCUGUACUUUCUUUCCAGAGAAAAUCACGUUACCACUGUUUCAGCGGGUGUAGAUGUCACCAACCCUAAGGUGACCCGCUUGCUUCAAAAGGUCCGUCUUCUGAGUGAGUAUCAGAAGGAGGUGCCAUCUUUUUGGAUCCGUCACCCAGAGAAGUACAUGGAAGAAAUCGUGGAGAGCACUUUGUCCUUGCUGUCAGUGGAGCACGCUCCGAGCAGACUCGUCUCAGCACAGACUUUAGAUCCCAUCUGCCUGUUUGCACUCGUGGACCCUAAAGCUGUGUGGUUCAAAAAGUGGACGCAUGCACAUUAUAGCAGAACUACAGUGCUGAGACUUCUUGAGAAGAAAUACAAGUCCCUGGUAGCAGCAGCAGUCCAGCAGUGUAUUCAGUACUUGGAAUUGUGUGAGACCGUGAAAGCUGGUUUAAUUUUGGGACAGUCCAACCAUUGUGGGGAAAAACAGAAAACUCUCUACUACUCAGGACAAGAAGUACAGUAUAUUUAUUUCAUUCACUCACUGUGCCUUUUGGGAAGAUUACUGAUCUAUACACAAGGCAGAAAACUGUUUCCUGUAAAGUUGAAGAAUAGAAACGACUCCGUGUCCCUUACGGAUCUGCUGGUUCUGUUUACUCAGCUCAUCUAUUACUCCCCAAGCCGUCCAGACACGACGCCAGACGUAUGUUCAGAGGACUACUCCCCGGCGAGCGUGGUGACGGGAGUUCUGCAGAUUCUCUGCGAUCAGGAGUGUGCCAUCCAAUGCUUGUACAGCAGCACCGUGAUCAGUGCGCUCCUGCAGCCGAUUCGCAACCUAACGAACGGCAGCGAGGCGGCUCCAGAUUGCUCAGAAACCACUUUAGUCCACGUGGCUGGCGUCCUGGCGAGAAUCGCCUCUGUUGAAGAAGGACUUGCUGUGCUUCUUCAUGGAGGAAACAUGAGCUCUUGCAGAGAAGACAGUCCUACAGGUGCUCACGUAAUUGCCCGGUUUACAAAGAAACUUCUGGACGAGGAGAUUCCUGUCUUUGCUGGGUCGGCACUGCUGCCUGCGGUGCAGGGAGCUUUCGUGUCUGUGUGCUGUCAGAUGUGUGGUACCUGUGAAGGGCUGCAGGCGCUGCUUCCUUACGGUUUGCACAAGGCUGUAGCACAGGCGUGGAGGAAGACAAGUUUGCCAUCAGAAAGAAUUCCUACUCCAGGAUUGGGUUCUCAUCCUGUCUCUUCUGUGAGCCAGGGAUCCCAGAACACUGUGGCUUGGGAAGAGAAUUUGUUGGAUGAUUUACUAAAUUUUGCUGCUACCCCAAAAGGAUUACUACUCCUUCAAAGAACAGGUGUAAUCAAUGAAUGUGUGACAUUUAUGUCCAACCAAUAUGCCAGAAAUUUACAGGUCAGCAGGAGGAAGGAGGUGGACUAUGGAGUUUUAGCUACGCAGGUGGCGUCCACAGCAGCAGGUGCAGCCAUGCUACGAGACUCAGGGAUUCUGCCGUGUGUGUGUGACGCGAGCUCUUCCCCAGGCUUCGUCAGGGCCCUUGUCGCCGGACUGUGGUCCAGUCUGGAGUGUGGCGGAGACGACGCGAGGGUCACCUACCCCGGGCCUACGCCGGUGGAGCCGAUCGACCGCCGCUGUCAGAAGUCUUUCCUAGCGCUGGUGAGCUUGCUGUCCUCCGCUGCUGUGUAUGAGCUGCUGGGCCACCGAGACCUUCCCAGCAGAGCAGAGUACUCUCUCCGCGAGGUCCCCACCUCUGUCACAGAUAUAAUUGAUCGACUUAUCAUUUUGGAUUCUGAAGCUAAGAUUCAUUCUUUAUUCAACUAUGAACAGUCACACAUCUUUGGACUAAGAUUACUAAGUGUGGUGUGCUGUGAUCUGGAUGCCCUGCUCCUCCUGGAGGCUCAGUAUCAGGUGUCCAGGGUCCUACUGCGCGCUCAGGAAGAAAACCGCUCAGAGACCUCCGGGAGCCACAGGGAUUUUAUAAUCGAUGGCUUAUCAGUGGAGAGAAACCACGUUCUCGUGAGAAUGAAUGUCAUCGGGGGGCCGUCGGAGCGGACUCUGCCCCCACGGGUGCUGGAGAAGGGUGAAAAUCCAUACCCUUGGCCAAUGUUUUCAUGUUAUCCCUUGCCACAUUGCUACCUCUCAAAAGCUAUGAGAAAUUGUUAUGUAAAACAAGGGGCUGAUCUGAGCGAGCUGUUGUCGUGCCUCACAGUGUCAGAGAAGCAGGCUGAGUGGGCAGAAGACUGCCGAAGACAGCUCUGCACUGCGAUGAAGGCCGAGGGUGCCGGCCUCAGCGGAGGUGCUUUAGGAGAAUUACUUGAAGAAUUUGUGCUUCAUGUCACUGAAAUUCCAUCCGAAUGCUACUUCCCCUCAGUGGAAUACACAGCCACUGAUGCCGACGUGAGGAGCGACAGCCUCUCGUCCAUGUGGGAGCUCGGCGUGAAGCUGACGGUGAGGUAUGGCCAGUUCCUGGGCUUGUUAAAAGAUGGUGCAGAAAGCGACCUCACCUUGCUUUUGAAACACUGUGAGCGGUUCCUGAAGCAGCAGCAAACACCCGUGAAAUCUCCUCUUCUCUGCCUGCAAGGGGCUUACGCCGGCCACGACUGGUUUGUGUCCUCGCUGUUCCUCAUGCUGUCGGGGGACCGAGAGAAGACGCUGCGGUUUCUCCUGCGCUUCUCCAGGCUGCUGGCCUCCGCCUUCCUCUGGCUGCCGCGCCUGCACCUCUCGAGCUACCUGCCUGCUGACACGGUGGAAUCAGGCAUCCACCCCGCCUACUUCUGCGGCACUCACUGUACCGAAACGCUGCUGAAGACGGAGGUGCCGCUCGUGUUCUCCGCUUUCCGCAUGUCCGGGUUUGCACCGUCACAGAUUUGCCUGCAGUGGGUCACUCAGUGUUUCUGGAAUUACUUGGACUGGAUAGAAAUAUGCCAUUAUAUUGCAACUUGUGUUCUCCUUGGGCCUGAUUACCAAGUGUAUAUCUGCAUAGCUGUCUUCAAGCAUCUGCAGCCAGAGAUUCUACAGCACACUCAAGCCCAGGAUCUGCAAGUGUUCCUGAAGGAGGAAGCACUGCGUGGGUUUCGAGUGAGUGACCAUUUGGAGUACAUGGAAACGUUGGAGCACAACUACCGCCCUGCACUGCUGAGGGCCAUGCGGGGCAUCUGCGUGCAGGCCUCCUAGAUGGCGAGGUGAGGGCGAUUAGGGGUUAUUCAUGUUCAAGGCAGGCGAAGGCCUUGAUUAUUUUCUAUCUGCGUGUGUAACAACAUAUGCUUUGAGUCCGUGUUGUAAAUCGGCACCGAGAGGUUCUGAGCAUGGUAAUAUAUUCAGGCUGGUACUUGCCUGAUUUGUGAAAUGAAUUCCUUUUGUGAGUCCCUCCUCCUGAAAGGCUCUGCACCCCAGCUGGGUAUAGCUGUCGUUUUUGCUGAAGACUUGGCGUCAGCCCACCGUACAGUGUCACCUUUAUCAGAUGACUGAAAUGAUUUUUAAUGACUUUGGGAAGAAGUGGUAAUAGUGUAAAUAAUUGUUUUAUUGAGAAUCCAUAGAGAUAAGCAAAAGCAGUUGUUUCUCCAGUAUUUGUAUCUCUUUGUGUACAAGAAAACAGACAAUGGCACAACUGCUUAUUUUACAUGCGGAAGGAACAGAUGAUAUUUUUCAUGGCAAAUGGCAGGAAAACUAUUGUCCCCAGAUAUAAUUGUUUUUCUAGGAGAUGCUUUUGAUACCUGUACCAAUUUGUAAUUUUUUAUUUGAAAUGUCAUGUUUAUAUGGUUUGUUUAAAAGAUAGAGUGGUUAUUUCAUACUGAUAAGCAUUCUACUAUUAUUUGUUGUGUAUUUCCUUAGUUGUAGAUUUGAAUUGUGCUGAACCUGAAAGCAUUAAGGGAAAUACAUUUCUAAAUGAUUUUAAAUGACUGACACUAUGUUUUAUUUAAUAGAAGUCUCUGUGCCAGUAAGAUUAAUACUGUAUGUGAGUUUUUUUUAAUAACUAUUGCCUUUCUUCUGUGAAAGGUAAUACACAAAUAAAUUGAAUUAUUAGUCACCAGCUUCUUCAAGAUUUUUUUUAGAUGAAAGAGCUCAUUCUGUGUUCUUUGUUUAUAUCUGUGUGUACUUUGAUCAUUAAAACCACCAUGCUUUGUCUUCUCCCAAACUUCACUGUGAAAAGCUGUGCCCUGAAACCUGUAAUUCUUGUUUAUGGUUCCAUUUCUCCUCAUUCUGUCCCCGAGUUACUGGAAACAGAAAUGGAGGAGGAACUGUAAUUUAAUUUUAUGUCACUGGUGACUAUGAUUGGAAACUGAGGUAAGGUCUAGAUGGUAACAAUUUAAUUUUGAAAACAAAAGUGACUUCAGCUGGAGCCAGAAAGCUUUCUUUUCAUUUGAUAGAUUAGAAAUGUCUCAUGAACAAGAACUUAGCAUUUAGUGGAAGAAAAUAUAAAAUAGGGUAGUUUGUGUAGCUACCAUCAUGAGUUGUUUUUGUACUUGAGGAUGUCCUUCAGCAUAGGAAUACUCUGUCUUGCCUCGCUUUUUUUAAAAAAAAUUAAAAUCUUUACGACAAAAUUUAUUUGUCAUUUGCUGAGUAAUAGUGCAUGCAUUAUAGCAUUCACUCACAAACUAUAUUUUAUGAUACAGUGUAAACAAAUUUGUGAAAAUGCUCAUUUAUAACGUGUUGAAUGUUGCUCUCAAAGUUUCCUGUUUGGGGUUUGGGAGUGUGUGUCGGCGGGAGAGCCCUUGCCCAGCACGUACAGGCCCAGGCUGCACCUCCAGCCUCAGAAAACAGCUGUGCUUGUAACAAGUCUCCUCUGGGUCUUUCAGUGGCUGAACCUCUCUGAAGGUAAGGCGAGUCAAAGAGGGUGCAUCUAAACUCCCUGUAGGGUUCUGCAUGAGUUUACGAUUAUGAAAGAACACUGUGCUCCUGUUCAAUUUUUAAAUUUUCAGAUAUUUAAGAGAUUGCUGUGGUUAUUCAUUAAUAAACAUUUUAAGGGCUACACACACAAAGGUAUUUUUGAGGUUGAAGUAGCAAGGUGGAUGAGACAUAGCCCUUCCAGUCAGAGUUCACUGUCCUCACAGGAAGAGGUACAACGUGAAAGCGUGGAAAUAUAAGGGCUUCUGACUGUGGUGACCUUGCUAAGUUUUGAUGCAGUGAUGAGGGCAGCUGUUUGGAUUGGGUCGAAAUGAUGCUAAGUGGAGAGACUGAACUCUGUUCUUUGUAGGGCUUGUGCUGUGAGAGGAAGAGAACAGGAAGAGGCAGCUGGCUAAGCAUGAGACCAAAGACGCUUCUGUACGGCUGGGCACGGAAGCGCGUUUGUGCUUUGGUGGAAAUGAUGCAGCGGAGACGGGGAGCUGAUGGGGUUGAGGGAGGCAAACGUCUUGAGUAGUUGGAGGAGGGAGCGAUGGGACGGGAGGGAUGAGACUCAGCGAGUGGUUCCCAGCAGCCAGGUAAGUGAGCACAGACACCGGCGGGCGCUGUGGAAGAUGCUAUUGCCUUCAAGACCUGGUCAGAAAGGCCAUCAGCCUCAAGGAUGGAAAGACUGCUAGUUAUCCGGAGACACAUU